AUGCUAAACGAAAGUUUGGAAUCUGAUCAAGAAAUAGACCCAGAAAGGGAAAGACAAAAGCUUAUGCUAAAGAGGCAAAAGUCAAUUGAGGAAAGUCUCUAAUUAAAUGUUAAGGAUCAUAUUGCAAAAUUAGAGAAUUAUUUGGCUGAGCUUAAAAAGGACUUAGAAAUUAGCAAAAAGGAAAUGUCUAACUUAAGAAUGGAUAUAGCGACAGUAAAAAAUAACCACGGUAAAUCAAGCGAUGAUCUAUGUACUUUUAUAUAAAAUGAUGCAAAAAGAUAACUAAAUGAGGCUUUAAAGAAAUCUUAGGAUGCUAAACAUGAUGCUGAAUUUUUAGAUGCACAAUUAAAUGUUUUAAAAAGUGAUAAAGAAAAAUUGUAGGAUGUUAAAGAUACAUUAGAAAAGAGAAUAAUAUCUUGUGAAACAGAUGUUGGUUUUAAACAUGUGUAUGAUUGA